AUAAGGCCACAAACAAAUAAGUAACAAAUCCUCCUCCCUCACUAGCGCGUGUAACAACACACCCUCUCCAAUCCAAAUUCCAAAGGGCACCAUUUUCUAAUUUUCUUGUCGUCGGUCACAACCUCUUGAGUCUUGACUCCCCUCUCAUUUUCGCCGGUGACCGAAAAACUAAUUUAAGAAAAAUAAAUAAAGUAUUCCAAAUUCCUUUGUUUUUUUAUCUCACCUUCAUCUCGCCGCGAAAUCUCACGCUAUUUUAUCGCCAAUUUCCCUCCCCUUCAAUAUCGCCUUCUUCAGCGUCUUCACUCCGAUUCCCCCUGCUAACUGAUCUGAAGAUUGAUGACAACAAGUCUGCAUCAGGCAUCAAUAGCUGAAAGCAAUUUGUAAGUACUUUGCUGGCAAAUAAUGGAAGCCCGUCCUUCUAUAUCCAUUGAAAGAUCAAGUGCGGAGGAACUCAAUGUCAUGGGGAUGUCUGGAGUACUAUCUUCAUCCUUGGCAGUCCUUCCAACACCCCUAGAAGAGACAUAUAAUAAGUUGCCUGAUUCACCUCUUGCUUUUGUAGAAGAAGGGCUGAUGAGUAGACCUUUAACUCAUUCCGGUCAUUUAAAUAACAACGGAGCAGUUGGACAUAUCUUUUCAUCUUCUCCUGGAUAUUCAACUGCUCUUCACCAUUCAUCCCUUUCACCUCAUGAAAAGCAUUCUAGAAAUGCUCACAUUAUUUCACAUUCAUCAACUAACAUGGCUACAUUGCCACCAUUUUCUUCAAAUAGUGGACCACUACCUUCCAAACCAUCAAGCCAUUUUCCUAAUGAAAACAGUGCCUCCUGGCAUACUGAUUCUGUGCCAAGCUUUCUGGAUUUUCCUGCAAAUACUUCCAUCGAUAGUGGUAGGGUAGAAAGUGGUGCCUGCACUAUCAUGACAUCUGAGGAAUAUUGUAAGCAAAAUGAUUGGCAGGAGUGGGCUGACCAGCUAAUCAGUGAUGAUGAUACUUUAACUUCUAAUUUGAAUGACCUUCUUGCUGAUAAUGUUCCAGAUCCUGAGCCAAAGGAGCCAUUCCAGGUUUCAAAACCAUCUUUGCAAUUACCAGGACAUCCAUCCGAAGGCCAUCAACAACUUCCUGCUUCAUCUGAAGAAAAUUGCGCUGGUGCUGCCCCUUCUUUCUCAGCAAAAUCUGCUCCUUCCAAGCCACGAAUGCGUUGGACUCCCGAACUUCAUGAGGCCUUCGUGGAUGCUGUCAACCAACUUGGUGGGAGUGAAAGAGCUACUCCUAAGGGUGUGCUGAAGCUCAUGAAAGUUGAAGGCUUAACUAUAUAUCAUGUCAAAAGCCACUUGCAGAAAUACAGGACAGCUAGAUAUAGACCCGACUCAUCUGAAGGAGUCUCAGAGAAAAAAACAAGUUCCAUUGAAGAGAUGUCAUCACUAGAUUUGAAAACUGGCAUUGAUAUCACUGAAGCUCUGCGACUGCAAAUGGUGGUUCAGAAGCAGUUGCAUGAACAACUUGAGAUUCAAAGAAAUCUACAGUUGCGAAUAGAAGAACAAGGAAGGUACCUCCAGAUGAUGUUUGAGAAGCAAUGUAAACCCGAGACUGAAAUGUUUAAGGCAUCAUUAUCUACUGCUGAAAAUCCAUCUGGAUCCUCUUUGGAUGCCAUGCAAGAUGUUCCAGCCAAAAGCGCAUCAAUGGUGGACAGUUACAAGCCAGGACCUGAUCAAGCUAUCGGCAGCACCACAGUUGUGGAAGGCUCAGUGGAAAUAAGAGGGAAACAUGAUUCUCCCAAAACACAACUUUCUGAGAAUCCUAAGCAGCAUGCUAAUGCUAACGACGAUGCUGCUCAAGCCUCGAAGCGUCAAAGAAAAGAUGAGUAAGCCAUCCGAGCUGCCACAUCUGCAAUGAACUUACAAUAUUGAUGCAUGGAUUAUAUUUUAGUAAGAAAUGAAAUACUAUACUGAAUGAUGGAUAGAGCUUCAUAACCUGAUGAGUUCUCUAGCCACAUGAGUUCUUGGAUAUGUAUUCUAAAACAUUAGGUAAAGUUGACUCAAUCGGUUGAAAUGCUUAGGAUCGAAUUCUGCUAUUUGCAGUCUGCCAUGGUAGGCGAUCUGUAAAUACCAUUGUUAUGUUGUUAUUGAUGCUGCUGUAGCUGAACUUGGUGAUAUCAUUGAUAUCGUAAGUUCAAUGCUCUACUAGGUCACUUAUCUCCUUUCCUUCCAUAGGACACCUCUAAUGUAAAAUAAAUUAUUGUGAUUUGAGUUGAAAUUUUGAUUAUGAUAUUCUUCAACACCAUUAUUUGGUGGUAUUCUAGUCAUGUGAGGAUGAGAUUUUCUAAUGUUGAGAUAAUGAGCAGACAUCAAAUAAUACUUCA